CGCUGAAGAGUUAAGAGAAGAUUUUUGUUGUACAAAUGCCAGUUAGAGUUAUAACACUCGACAGAUGAUCAUCGCCGUUAAUAAAAACUUGUUGAAUUUUAAAUAACAUUUAAAUUUUAUAUGAAAUAUUUUGUUAUAAUAUAUUUAAAAUGACUCAAAGUAUAACGACAAAUCAAAAACCAAUGUCAAUUGUUAGACAAAGUUUUUGUUCAAAAAAAUAUUUAACAGCAACAUUAACAACAAUAUUAUUUUCAUCAAUUGUAACAUUUAUAAUAUUUUGGUGUACAGAUGUAUUACAAAGUUCUUUAAUAUCAAAACUUGUUGUUAGUAAUAAUACACCAAUGUUUGAAUGGUGGUCAAAACCACCAGUACGUGCAUUAUAUAAAAUAAAAAUAUUUAAUUAUACAAAUGUUGAAGAUUUUGAAAGUGGUAAAGCAAAUAAAUUAAAAGUUGAAGAAGUUGGUCCAUAUAUUUAUCGUGAAACAGUGACAAGAAUUGAUAAAAAAUUUUAUCCAAAUGGUACAAUAUCAUUUAGAGAAAAAAGAAAUUUUCAAUGGGAAGGUGGUAGUCCAGAUGAUGAAAUUGUAACGGUACCAAGUGUUCCAUUAAUAUCAGCAAUUGCAAUGGCACGUGAUCAACCAUUUUACAUUCAAAUGGCAUUAACAUCAGCAAUAUCAUUUCUUGAUACAAUUAAGCUGAAAUCAACUGGUCCAUUUGUUAAUGUACAUGCUGGUGGUUUAUUAUGGGGUUAUGAUGAUAAUUUAUUUAAUGCUGCUAAACCAUUUAUUAAGCUACAAAAAAAUAUACCAUUUGAUAAAUUUGGCUUACUUGCAUAUAAAAAUGGCAUUUCUGAACAUUCAUUGACCAUGAAUACCGGACAAGAUGAUCAUAAAAAACUUGGUUUAAUUGAAAGGGUUGGAGGCAAUAGUAAUAGACAUGUUUGGAAUGAUGAUGAGUGUGAUCAAGUUUAUGGAACAGAGGGUUAUAUGUUUCCUCCAAAUAUGUAUGAUGAUCCAAAUUCAACUCUUGAUAUUUAUUCUGUUGAAAUGUGUCGAACAUUAAGAUUAAAAAGAAAUGGAAAUGGUAAAUCAUUUGAUAUACCAACACUAAAAUUUUCACCACCUGCAGAUACAUUUACAUCAACUCCAAUAAAAAAUUCAUGUUUUUGUCCCAUAAGUAAUAAUGAAAGUGAAAAAAAAACUAGUUGUCCACCAGCUGGAAUAUUUAAUGGUUCAGCAUGUACAUUUGGUUUACCAAUAGUAUCAUCAUUUCCACAUUUUUUAAAUGGUGAUCCAAUGUUACGAGAAAAUAUUGAUGGCUUAAAUCCAUCGAGUGAACUUCACGAGACUCAUAUUGAAGUUCAUCCGCGAGUUGGAAUAUUAAUUGGAGGUUCAUCUAAAAUACAAAUUAAUAUUGAAGCAAGAAGAGCAGCAUCAGUACCAUUUCUUGGAAAAAUAAAAGAUGGACAAAUAUUACCACUAAUAUGGAUUGAAGUUACUGUUGAUAAAAUUCCAGAGCCAAUACUCAGUCUUAUGUGGCAUGCUUAUUUUACAAUAACUAUUGCUGAAAUUAUUAUCAAAUGGAUCAGUGUUUUGGGUGUUAUUAUACCAACUUUUAUUAUGAUUAAUAUAUUUAUUAAAAAUCGAAAAUAUCAUGACUUUGCUGAUAAGAAAAAUAUAACUAGGCAAAAUAAAUUUCUCGAUGGAAGUAUAAAAAAAAUUCAGGAUGGCUCUGGUGUAUGAUAAAAUUUUCAUAGAUUAUUUUUAAAUUCAAUAAAUAUAUUAAUCAAUGGUGAUAAGACUGUUAAUUUUAAAAAAUUUCACAUACUAAUUUAAUUAUUAAGUUAAAAUAUUAUCAAAAUUAAUUUUCAUUAUUAUUUAAAAUUUAAAAGUUUAAAAUACUUUUUUUAGUAUUUUUAAAAAAUAAUUGUUAUUCUUAAUUUAUAGUUUAAAAAAAAAUAUUAAAUUUAUUUUUAAUAGAUUAUAUUGUAGUUAUACUGAUAACGGGUAUAUUUUUUUGUAUUGUUUAUUUAAUGUUAUUAUUAAUGAGUUUAAAUAAAAUGUUGUUAAAAAUUUCAAU